CCGGUAUUUCAGGAGCCUGCUGUGCAAAAGUGAAAGUUAUACCCUCGACAGCUGGCGGCUGCAAGAAGUGCACCUGUGAGCAAUUAUGGCAGUUGCGUGCAGAAAACCUUUGCAAAACAGGCAAGUGGGCUCUCUUCUGCUUCUCUGGUGUGUAUGUGUGGGAGAUACGGCCACCAUCCGCUAUUCCGUGGCGGAGGAGAUGGAAAGCGGCUCAUUUGUGGCUAAUGUGGCUAAGGACCUAGGGCUAGAGGUAGGGAAACUAGCUUCACGCGGGGCGCGGCUGGUCUCUGAGGGCAACAAAUUGCAUUUCCGGCUCCACCGCAAAACAGGAGAUUUGUUCGUAAAGGAGAAACUGGAUCGUGAGGCACUUUGUGGCAAAGCUGACCCUUGCGUUCUGCACUUUGAAAUUAUUCUGGCGGAGCCACUGCAAUCCUUCCGUGCUGAAGUCAGGGUAUUUGAUAUCAAUGACAAUGCCCCGGUUUUUCUAAACAAGGAGCCUCUUUUAAAAAUUCCAGAGAGCACCCCUUUGGGCUCACGCUUUCCUUUGCAGAGUGCCCAGGAUCUGGACGUGGGACUGAAUGGUCUCCAAAACUACACCCUGAGUGCAAAUGCCUAUUUCCACCUGCACACGCGUUUCCGCAGCCAUGGGCCCAAAUAUGCUGAGCUUGUGCUUGACAAACCCCUGGAUAGAGAGGAACAGUCUGAAGUCAACUUGACCAUUACUGCAGUGGAUGGUGGGUCCCCGCCCAAGUCUGGCACAGCCAACAUCCGAGUAGUGGUGCUAGAUGUCAAUGACCACGUGCCCCAGUUCUCUCGCUUAGUGUACCGUGCUCAGGUGCCAGAGAAUAGCGCCAACGGUUCUUUCGUGGCAGCUGUCACUGCCACGGACCUGGACGAGGGCACCAACAAGCAAAUAACUUAUUCUUUAGCUCAAAAUCCAGAGGCUAUUCUCCAGACAUUUCAGAUUGACUCUCAAACUGGAGAGGUUCGACUCCGAGGGCUCCUAGAUUUUGAAACUACAGAAACAUACGACAUUGAUAUUCAAGCUACAGAUGGAGGAGGUCUCUCAGCUCACAGUAAAGUCCUGGUGGAGGUAGUGGAUGUAAAUGACAACCCUCCUGAAGUGACAAUCUCCUCCGUGUCCAGCCCUCUCCCUGAGGACUCACCACUACAGACCGUAGUGGCCCUCUUCACUAUCCGAGACCGCGAUAUUAGAAUAGGAGGAAAAAUCACUUGCUUCCUCAGGGAAGACUCUCCUUUUGUAGUGAAACACACUUUCCGGAAUUCUUACUCGCUGGUCACUGACAGAAGCUUGGAUAGGGAGGAUGUUGCUGGCUAUAACAUCACCCUUGUUGCCAUGGAUACCGGACCACCCAACCUGUCCACAGAGACUGUGAUUGAGGUGCUAAUAUCUGACAUUAAUGACAAUCCUCCUGUGUUCCAGGAAGAUUCGUACAUCUUGACUGUUCGAGAAAACAAUAGUCCCGCAGUUUUUAUUGGCAAAGUCCAUGCUGAGGAUCUAGAUCUGGGUGAGAAUGCCCAAGUAACAUAUUCUCUGCUGCCUCCACAAAGUGGAGAUCUGUCCGUCUUUGCUUACAUCUCCAUAAAUUCUGACAAUGGGAAGCUGUAUGCACUGAGAACCAUGGAUUAUGAGGCCAUUCAAGAUUUUCAGUUUGUGGUGAAGGCAACUGAUGGGGGUUUUCUAUCACUGAGUAGCCAAGUUACUGUCAGAGUGGUUGUCCUGGAUGAUAAUGACAAUCGUCCCAUGAUCUUGUAUCCACUACAGAAUGGCACUUUGCCCUGUAAUGACCUAGUGCCCAGAGCUGCAGAAGCAGGCUACCUGGUGACCAAAGUGGUGGCUGUUGAUGGUGAUUCAGGACAGAAUUCUUGGCUUUCAUAUCAUUUACUCAAAGCCACUGACCUUGGCUUAUUUUCUGUUCAAAGACAAAAUGGGGAAAUCCGUACAUUAAGAAAGAUAUCUGAGAGAGACCCUAUGAUGCAGAAACUGAUCAUUCUUGUUCAGGAUCAUGGCCAACCAGCUCUCUCCACUACUACCUCACUCAACAUUCUGCUGGUAGAUGGCUUUUCAGAGCCCUACCUGCAGUUCCAGGAUCCAUCCAAGCAUUCUAGAAAGGUAAAUCCAAUCACAAAAUAUUUGGUCAUUUCUCUGGCUGUUCUUUCUUUCCUUUUUCUCUUCACUGUCACCACAAUCUUCAUUAUACAUCUCUACCAGAAAAUUAAACACAGACAAAAAUUUACAAUUCAAGAACAUUUCUAUGACGACUGUAAUUUCCCUAACAACUUGGUACAAGGAGGAGGCAGUGGUUCCUUAGCCCAGCCUUGUACAUAUGAUAUGUGCUCAGUCACUGGAACUGGCAAUAGUGAGUUCCGGUUUCUUAAGCGAUUUAUGCCCAAUUUCCCUUUCCCCCACGCCACUGGAGAGGCAAAAACAGAGGAUGGCUCAAGUUUACCUCCAGAGUCUAAUACAAAUAGGCCUCAGGGUUCAGAGGCCCAUGCCUGUGUCUCUGAUGCCUACAUGUAGUUUUCACUAACAGGCCUCAGCAAAACGAGAGAAACAAUGUUAUACUUAGUCUGCAAAGAG